CCCAACUACUUCUGGGGGUCACUGUCAAAGACUUCCGGUACAUUUUAUCUUGCACACAACCGUUUUUUCAUUCUACAAUUUGGAGGCGACCCUUAAGUUUAUUAAAGAAGGUGGUAAAUGAAUAUUCAUUCAUGUGUAACUAGGAAUGUUAGACAUGUUGACGGUCUUUAAGACCCAGCCUUACAGCUUUAGCGUUCAGCGGGAUGAAGUCAGCUGUUCUGAACUCUGCUCUUCCUCAUGGCCACAUCAUCUGCGCUGAGAGGUGGAGGAACUCUGCCCUUAUUCAAGACCUGAAAGGUGGAGGAGUGAACAUUCUGUUUGAAAAUGAGCUGGGUCUGGCAGAUUUUCACCUUCCCAGUAAGACCAGCAUCCUGUAUGUGUCUGAAGGCAACAUCGUAGCAGGAACCGAGUAUAGAAGGAAGUUGGUUCGCUACAGAAAUGCCAGCAGCCUCCAGGACGUGGUUCUGGUGGAGAGGACGAGGCUGAGUGAGCAGUACUUCCCUGCUGUGCAGAGGUUUGUGGUUUUGGACCUGGGUCUGGCGCUGGUCCCAGUUAGUGGGCAAACGGAGGCCUCACAGCUUAUCAUUCAAAUGGUUCAUGGACAGACGAGAGAGAACCCCUUCAGACCAAGAAGUUCCUGUCGGCUGCUCGACCCGUUGGUCCUGGCUCUGGUCCAGCAGGUCCCUGGGGUCGGCCGGGUAAAAGCCGUAACUCUGCUACAGAACUUCUCCAGCAUACAGCAGCUCUGCAGCGCUGCUCCAGCUGAGCUGGAGCUGAUUGUGGGUCGGGCCAGCGCUCUGCAGAUCCACAGCUUCUUCCACAAGUAAACCACUACUGGUUCAGCACCAGAACCCUGGACCCAGUCCGACUCACAGGGGCGCGCUUUACUCCCAGGACUGGAUGUCAUUUUUAAAUGUUUUAUGUUUUCAGACCGUUAGAACUCGGGUUCCUGAUCAUCUGAGUUUGGUUCCUGAACUCAGACUGAAAGUGUUCAUGUAAAAUAAAAUGUUGACGUUAAA